GUUUAACAAGUAGAGGAAGAAGUUAUCAUAGGCUACUAAAUUUAUCGCCUAAAUUAAAUUUAAUAAUUUUGCAAAUCCACAUAUUUGAAGAAAAAAAUUGGAUUAAGAAUAAAUGUUAUAUAUACAAAAUAAAUAAUACAAAAUUGUGCCGAUAAGAAAAAUUCCACGUAAGUACGCGUACAUUAACGAGAUGGAGGUAUUAGUGUUCGGCUCGGCAAUUGUAGAUUUCAUUAGUUAUGUAGAACGACUACCUCGUUUGGGUGAAACGUUGAAGGGAAGAAAGUUUGCAACUGGCUAUGGUGGUAAAGGUGCAAAUCAAUGUGUAGCAGCCGCUAGACUAGGGGCCAGUACUGCAAUGAUAGCAAAGCUUGGAGACGACAGCUGGGGCAACGACUACUUGGAGCAUUUACGCCAGGAAGGAGUGGAUGUAGAAUUUACACAGCAAUGCAAAAAUGAAACGACUGGUGUUGCGCAAAUAAGUGUGUCCGAUGGGGGAGAUAAUUGUAUAAUUAUAACACCAGGGGCAAAUGAUGCAUUAAACGGAGAAGAUGUUUCUAAGGCUGAAAAGUUAUUUACCAGCUGCAAAAUACUAAUUUGCCAACUAGAAGUUCCAGUCGAGUCUACGCUGCAUGCUCUUCAGGCUUUUAAAGGAAUAUCGAUAUUAAAUGCAGCUCCAGCUCUGCAAAAUACGCCCAUUGAAUUAUUAAAAUCUGCGACGAUAUUUUGCGUGAAUGAAAGCGAAGCCGCACUUAUGACAGGUGCUUAUGAAAUAGUAAAUUUAGAGCAGUCAAAGGAAGCAUUAAUGAAAUUGCAAGAAAUGGGCGCUAACACCGUAGUCAUUACUCUCGGUUCACUUGGUGCUGUUUAUGUAAAGAGCGAUAAGAAAAAUGAGUUUAUCCAUGUACCAUCCAUUACUGUGGAAAAAGUCGUAGAUACAACCGGAGCAGGAGAUGCAUUUAUUGGAGCGCUGGCGUACUUUAUGGCUAAAUAUCCAAAAUCCGCUCUACACCAACAAAUUGGCGCAGCUUGUAGAAUCGCUUCCUAUUCCGUUCAAUAUCCCGGAACACAGUCAAGCUUUCCUAAUCAACAAGAUAUGUCAAUUAACUUAGAUGUCGAAAAUUUCGAUUGGUUCUUGCUUUAAUUAAAUUGAUAUUUUAAAGACAAUUC